AGUAACAAGGAAGGAAUAAAAGGUUGGUUAGAAAAGUAGGAGAGAAAAAAGAACGAUUGGAUAUGACAUCAAAGGGAGGAUAUGUGGUAUUCUGGUGGAUGAAGGUUGGAUGGAUAACUCCUUUUAGUAUUUGAAGUAAAAAUUUAAAAAGCAAAAUAUUUUAAAUUUGCUAUCGGAUACAAAUACAAUGUUGACAAUUGAGAUUAGUGUCACAUAGUAAUCAGAGAUUAGAGAUAAUGAUUCCCCCGCAGCCUCUAAUAUAUCAAAGAAAACACAUGAACGCAAUGGAAUAGUAGUGGGAUGAGAAGAUGAUUGAAUUGAAGGUUAGAGUGAGGUGGAAGAGAUUCCAAUAAUCCAAAAUUCGUGGCUAUGCCUAAGUUGAUGUGUGUGCAAUGAGCCAUGAGAGUGAUAGUGCCAUUGCAAGGAGUCGUUCAAGGCAAAGGAGGUCUCUUCUGGGGUUCCGUCAUCCCCUGCGCCCUCUUCUACUUCUUCCAGCUCUACUUCAAGAACCGCCGCCACCACCACCGUUCUCCUCCUCCUCCGCCACCACCACCACCACCACAUCAUGUCCAAGUCUUGCCCCGCUCUCUUUCCAGGAUCCUUCUGUCUCCCAGAAGCCCUGCCGGACCCGCUUACGUGUCAGGCCGCGCCACCUCUGUCGCCAGAAUCUCCGCUGACUCUCCUUACUAUGUUGGUUUGCGCAAGGCGGCUGAGGAUCCCUACCACGAGGUUCAUAAUCCUCAUGGUGUUAUUCAGCUUGGUUUGGCACAUAACACGUUGUCUCAGGACUUGGUCCACGAUUGGAUUCACCAGAAUGGAACCACUGCAAUUUUAGGCAGAGGAAUUGCACCUUACCAACCCCUUGAUGGAUUCAUGGAACUCAAACUGGCUGUGGCUGGUUUCAUGCCUCAAGUUAUGGAAAAGCCAAUUUUCUUCAGUCCCUCACAAAUGGUACUAACUGCUGGUGCCACCUCUGCCAUUGACAUUCUUAGCUUCUGCUUAGCAGAUCAUGGAAAUUCAUUCCUUGUUCCAACACCUCACAGCCCUAGCUUUGAUGGGGAUAUAAAAUGGCGAAGUGACAUCGAGAUAGUAGCUGUUCCCUGCCGCAGCACUGAUAACUUCAAUCUGAGUAUAACUGCUCUUGACCGGGCCUUUAACCAGGCAAAGAAACGGGGACAAAAAGUUCGAGGAAUCAUCAUAACGAAUCCUUCAAAUCCUGUUGGAAAAUUAUUGGACCGGGAAACACUACUUGAUAUUGUGGACUUUGCUAGAGAGAAGAAUAUCCACAUAGUCUCCAAUGAAACAUUUGCAGGGUCUGCUUGUGGAAGCAAAGAGUUUGUGAGCAUGGUGGAAAUCCUGGAAGCCGAAGAACUUGAUCGCGACAGAGUUCAUAUAAUAUAUAGUUUAUCAAAUGAACUCUCUGUUCCAGAUUUUAAGGUUGGUGUCCUCUACUCCUACAAUGAGAACGUCCUAGUUGCUGCUAGAAGAAUGGCAAAGUUCUCAGCUCUUUCUGCUCCCACUCAGCAAUUGCUUAUCUCCAUUCUUUCAGAUACUAGAUUUGUACAGAAAUUCAUUGAGAUCAACAGACUGAGGCUUCGAAAAAUGUAUAACACAUUUGUGGCAGAAUUGAAGCAGUUAGGAAUCGAGUGCACUAGCAGCAGCGGUGGUUUUUACUGUUGGGCCAACAUGAGUAAAUUACUCCGGUCUUACGGCGAAAAGGGAGAGCUUGAGCUCUGGGACAGAUUGUUGAAUGUGGCUAAGAUCAAUGUUACUCCAGGAUCAUCUUGUCACUGUAUUGAACCAGGAUGGUUUCGUUUUUGUUUCACUACAUUGUCUGAAAAAGAUGUUUCUGUAGUCAUGGAACGGAUUCGGCGAAUCUCUGCAGCCACAAAAUCAGAGAGUUGAUAUGGCAUUAAUUAGUUCUACAUAUAUUGUUGUUUUGGUUUACUGAUUCUUUAUUCUUUCCGGCAUAAUCCUAGAAGGAAUAAUCAAUCAUCAAGGAGAAGUUAUAAGAUGGAGUUCUUUUUUAAACCUCAGUUUUAAAGCCUAUGCAUUAGGACUUCUGUUAAGUGUAUAGAUGGAGCCUCUUGCAUGGUAUUAUUUGCGUCCGCGACAAUGCAAAAAUUGAUAAUCUGAUUCUGAAUGUGAAGAAGCGUCUCCAUUGGUAUUAUCAGCUACAAAAGGAGUAAUAAUAACACAAGAAUGCAUAAUAAGGUAAACUUGCAAGACCCAAAUUUGUUUAUGGGCAUGAUGAUAUAGCUGUUUCUUUUUCUUCUUGCUCCAUUGCCCUUAGGUUUUUCAUUUAUUUCAUAAUAUUUUAUAUAAGAGAAUUAGAUACCCUUUGCCUUCAAGGUUUGUAUAUUGCAGCAAGAAGGUCAUAUUGUAUUAGUAAUAUUUAAUAUUUGAUGUAAUAAUUGACCAAAGACUGGUGAAAGUUUGAUGAGCAUUUUGGAUGACAUCUCAGGAAAGUUCCUAAGGAUGGAUAAGUAAUGUUGAUGGCAACUUCCCUGGACAACAUAAUUCGAGGUGGUGUUAUUGGUAAUUCCGUGAUGAUUGAGGAGACUCCAGUCAUUGCAGUAUCAUACAAAAACUGAGCUUGUGGCACUACACAUGGGUUCUCCCUACAAGAAAGGGACGUUUGUGUUGAGAACAAUCUGAAGAGUGAUAAGCAUCAUCAUUAGCUGUAUUGGAAUGGGAAAUUGGGAAUAUGUUUAUGAAUUAGGCAUGGGGCAACGUGAUCAAGGUGCAUAAUUCCAAAUCCAAAAACAUGAUUUGGCAUGAAUUGAUGCAGGUGGUGUGGUGUGUCCAAAAUUUUACAACCAUGAAAAGCGAAGGAUACACAACAAAACAAAGAUUGCAAAGAAGAAAUGGUAAAAUAUUAGAAGCCUAACCAUGCUAAGAUGAUCAGUAAUUCCAAGCAUUUUCAUUUUCAAAUACAAUGUGCAAUUUUUGUUUUCCACUUGAAAACACCCGAGACAAUGGAAUGAAACAAAUGCCUUUUAUUGCAAAAUGUACCCAAUUCUAUGAAGAGGAAAAAAAAAAUAAUGACAAUAUAAAAAUGAAUGAAAAAGAAUUUUUGUCU